UCCACGCGUGCACUUAAAAGACAGGCCGCAACACACACUUACACACACAUUUUUUAUUUGAUGUGCUGCAGGUGAGAGGAUCGCAGCUCCGUGGGCGGGACACGGAGCAUGGCGGCGGCCGCCAGCAGCAGCACCUCCACGGCCACGCUGCACGGCAUCGAGCAGACGCGGAAACGCAUCGACCCCAGGCGGAGGCAAGCGGCGCUGUCCUUCCUCACCAACAUCUCCCUGGAUGGGCGACCCGUGCAGGACGCCGCCGACCAGCAGGAGGACGCCGAGGAAGGCGCGCUGGAAGCCCGGACUCGAAGCAGCUUCCUGGCUACGGCUACUCCAACUGCACCGCCCGUAGAGAACAACAACAACACCGCCGCAGUUGCCGCGAACACUUCCGCCGCCCAGACUCUCUCCUUGGCGAACCAGGCUCUCCUGGCGAGCAGCCGGACGAGCUCCUUGGCUGCCGCAGAGUCCGCCGAGGGCGACGCCUUCGCUGCGGCCAAUUUCGGCUCGUCUUUCCCGGCGCUGUCAGCCUCUGCCAGGGGGAGACUGCAGACCUACACUCAGGGGAUCGUACCAGCGGCGUACUCCAGACAAAGCUCCCAGAACUACUGUCUGGAGGGCGGCCAGAUAGCCAACUCUGCCAUGGAGCUGCAGAGAUCAAGGCGUCGUCUCAUCUCUCAGCGCUCGUCACUGGAAACCUUAGAGGACAUUGAGGAGAACGCACCUCUGCGCAGGUGCCGAACCCUGUCAGGUUCCCCUCGACCAAAAGGCUUCAAGAAGAUCCACUUCAUUAAGAACAUGCGGCAACACGACAUGCGUAACGGAAGGAUAGUCCUAAUCAGUGGCAGAAGAUCCUUCUAUAGUGUAUUUUCUGUGCUGCCCUAUCGAGAUUGUAGCCAAGCAGGGGAUGUAAAGAUGGAGGCGGGGCGCCAGCGCCACCCGUCGGGAGGCGUCAGUGCCAAAGAGAUGGUGAUUGGACUGGAGGGAGUGGAGCUUGGGGCUGAUGGAAAGACGGUGUCCUACACUCAGUUUUUGUACCCCACCAACGUGCUGGGCGGGCGCAGAAACACCAUCGACUCCACCUCGUCCUUCUCUCAGUCUCGUAACGCCAGCCAUCGCAGCCUCAGCCUGGCCCGCGCCAACAGCAACCAGAGCAGCUUGGACACCGGAAACGAUCUGAGCGACUUCCGCGAAUACGACCCUAAUCUUCUAGACGACCCCCAGUGGCCUUGCGGGAAACACAAGAGAGUGCUCAUCUUUCCUUCAUACAUGACGACGGUUAUUGAGUACGUCAAACCAUCUGACCUGAAGAAGGACAUGAACGAAACCUUCAAGGAGAAGUUUCCUCACAUCCGACUGACGCUGAGCAAGAUCCGCAGCCUAAAGAGGGAGAUAAAGAAGUUGGCUCAGGACGAGUGCGGCUAUGAGGAGCCCACAGUGGCCAUGGCGUUUGUGUACUUCGAGAAGCUGGUCCUUCAGGGAAAACUCAACAAGCAGAACCGCAAACUCUGCACGGGAGCAUGCGUCCUCCUGGCAGCCAAGAUUGGCGGGGACCUCAAGAAGCAUGAGGUCAAGCUGCUCAUCGACAAACUGGAGGAAAGGUUCCGAGUGAACCGCAGGGAGCUGAUCGCCUUCGAGUUCCCUGUGCUGGUGGCGCUGGAGUUCAACUUGCACCUGCCGGAGCACGAGGUCAUGCCGCACUACAGACGCCUACUGCAGACCUCCUAGCAGCGGUGGGCCGUCAGGAGUAUCGACACCUCCUGAUUGCCUCCAGUGUGCAUGCUUCUCUUCCAUACCGCCGUCAUUUUGUAUAUUUUACACUUCUUUUAAAUUUUUUUUAAUCAUCAAUCUGCUUUGAUUGGUUGUGACACAGAGGGACUUGACUUUUUUGUUAAAAAGUGCACUUUUUCCUGGAAAAUUAUGCGAUUUUUACCAAGCUGAUAAUUUUGCUCCAUGGACCUUUAUCCUUUCUGGGACUUAUGCGCUUACUUUUGUAGAAUCUGCAUGAGAAACUGUUUUCUUUUUUGCAAUUCCGAUCACUUUAACCAGUGUAAGAUCGCUUUGUGCUCUAUGUUAGAGUUUAUUGCUGGCACCCGAAGGUGCUGUAAGGGCUGUCAGAAUGGUGCAAAAAAGAAAAAUGUUUAAGUAAAUGACUUUCAUUUGGCAUGUAACUUUCUAAAAAGUUAGGAGGAGCAGGAAUUACCUGUCAAAAGUUUCGACACACUUGCUCAUGCUAUUCAUAUUCGUGUCUCCAACAUUUUGCCAGCUACUUAACUGUACCUGAUCUGUUUCAUAUAUUUGCAGAAAAAAAUGCCCAAAUUGUAACGAUAGGAAUGUAAGUUGCUGCCGAUUUUAAAGAAAAAUAAGAUUGUUUCUGCUGGCAAGCCCAGAUAUUUCUAGUUAAAGGCAAACACUAAACCUUAUUGCUUGUUUUGGAUUGUAAAUAAAUUACUUUUGCUUGUCCAAUCAA